UUUUUUUUUGGUUUUGCGUGUCUUUUUAUUCUUAAUAAAAAAGGAGUAGGAAAUAAAAGAAACAUGUCAAUUAGUAGACCUAAAUUCUUUACAACCAACAAAAAAGGUGAAAACUAUGAGCUCAAAUCUGAGCUUAAUAGUGAAUAUCGUCAUCAUCGUAAGGAUGCAGUAAAGAAAGUCAUUGCCAACAUGACGGUUGGUAAAGAUGUAAGCGGACUAUUCCCAGAUGUUCUUAAAAACAUGCAAACCGAAGAUUUGGAAUUAAAGAAGCUAGUCUAUCUUUAUCUUAUGAACUAUGCAAAGACUCAGCCUGAAUUGGUAAUUUUAGCCGUGAAUACAUUUGUUAAAGAUUCAGACGACCCAAACCCCUUGAUUCGAGCGCUUGCUAUUCGUACUAUGGGCUGUUUAAGAGUCGACAAAAUUAUUGAUUAUCUCACAGAACCUCUUCGAAAAUGUCUCAAAGAUGAAAACCCUUAUGUAAGGAAGACGGCAUCUAUUUGUGUUGCUAAGCUAUAUGAUCUUAAUCCAGAACUAGCUAUUGAGCAAGACUUUGUUAACGUUGUCAAGGACAUGGUUUCUGAUGUCAAUCCUAUGGUUGUUGCAAAUGCUGUUAUUGCAUUAGCCGAUAUGAAUGAAGUUUGCCCUCAACAUAAUCUCUUUGAAAUUGAUAAUAAUAUAUUAAACAAAUUAUUGCAUGCCUUAAAUGAGUGUACUGAGUGGGGACAAAUUGCAAUUUUGACAGCCAUUGCUGAAUAUAAAGCUUCAGGAGGUAAAGAAGCAGAAAGCAUUUGCGAUAGAGUGAUUCCUAGAUUACAACAUGCAAAUGGAGCUGUUGUAUUGUCUGCUAUUAAGAUUUUGAUGAUUAAUAUGAAAUAUAUUAAAGAAGAAGCUUUCAUUAAAUCCAUGUGUAGAAAGAUGGCACCUCCUUUAGUUACUUUACUUUCAAGCCCUCCUGAAGUUCAAUAUAUUGCUUUACGCAACAUCAGUUUAAUUUUGCAAAAGCGUCCUGAAGUUUUAAGCAAUGAAGUUCGUGUCUUUUUUUGCAAAUAUAAUGAUCCGCCCUAUGUUAAGUUAGAAAAACUUGAAAUUAUGAUUAAAUUAUGUAAUGAUAGAAAUGUCGAUCAAUUGUUAAGUGAAUUAAGAGAAUAUGCAAAUGAAGUAGAUGUUGAUUUUGUACGCAAAUCAGUUCAUGCUAUUGGCCGAUGUGCAAUUAAAAUUGAAGAAGCUGCAGAGCGCUGCAUUAAUGUAUUGCUUGAUUUAAUUAAUACCGGUGUCAGUUACGUUGUUCAAGAAGCUGUUGUUGUGAUUAAAGAUAUAUUUCGUAAAUAUCCUCAGAAAUAUGAAGGAAUUAUUCCUACGUUAUGCGAAAACUUGGAGGCUUUAGACGAACCAGAAGCAAAAUGUUCUUUGAUUUGGAUUAUUGGUGAAUAUGCUGAAAGAAUUGAUAAUGCAGAUGACCUUAUUAGUAUAUUCUUGGAGAACUUUAAAGAAGAAAAUGCUCAGGUGCAGCUUCAACUAUUGACUGCAACAGUUAAAUUAUUUUUGAAAAAGCCAAAUGAAAAUCAGGAUUUGGUGCAACGAGUACUUCAAACUGCUACUAUAGAGUGUGAUAAUGCGGAUAUUCGUGAUAGAGCCUACGUAUAUUGGCGCUUGCUAUCAACAGACCCACAAGCUGCAAAGGCCGUUGUUUUAUCAGAAAAACCGCCUAUUGCUGGUGAAAAUGAAGGAAUUUCACCUGCAUUACUUGAAAAUUUAUUGUACGAUAUUGGUACCUUGGCUUCAGUUUACCAUAAGCCUGCUGAAACAUUUAUUGCAGGCAAAAAGUUUGGUGCUGACAGCGUGCAAAAAUCUCUACAGGAACAUGCCGAAGAAGAUGAUAUGACUGCACCUCCUCCUCAGAUACAAGCAGCUAUUAAAAAUAAUGAUAUCGGCAAUUUGCUCGAUUUGGAUUGGGAUGCAGCAACUGAAUCAUCUCCUAUUUCUCCAGUUAUGUCAACAAAAGAACAUUCACAACUUGGAUCACUAAAUGAUUUACUUUCUAUUACAACAACUCCAGAUACACCCACUAAUACCAAUACUAACAAAAAUAUAGAUGAUAUCAUGAAUUUGUUCAAUAAUGCAUCUCCUCUUACAACGCAAAGCUUUACUACUUCUCCUCAACAACCCAUGAAUGAUUUAUUUGGUGGCAUACCCAACAAUGGGCAGCAAAAGCAAGCAGCUAAUGUAACACCAAAAGAUCCUUUUGCUGAUCUACUUUAAAGAAAAAAAAAUAACUUCUAAAUAAAUAAGAAUUUCUACUUUUUUGGCGAUAAAAAAAGAAAAAAAACGACCAAAUCUAUAAAAUUAUAAUAAAUUGUUAUAUUUCUCUUCGACAUGAAAAAUAAGUUGAAAAGUGUUUUAAACAAUUGUGAUAUAACAAAUCUGUACCAGUUUUAUAUUAUUAUAGAUAAAAAAAAAAU